AUGCCACCACCUAAAGCAAAAAAAUCUACUUCAAAUAAGCGCAAAUCAGCGCAAAGUGACGAUGACGAUGAUAUUGAUGUUCCAGAGCCUAAAUCUAGUUCUAGCAAGCAAAAAUCAGCUUCAGAAACUUAUCAGAAGCUCUCCCAACUUGAGCAUGUUCUGAAAAGGCCAGAUAUGUAUAUCGGUAGUUGUAUGUCACAUGAAGAUAAGCACUGGGUUUUCGACGAAGAAACUAAGGCUCUCGUUGAAAAGGAUAUCUCAAUAGUACCAGGUCUAUAUAAGAUUAUGGACGAAAUCCUAGUUAAUGCUGCAGAUAACAAAACUCGUGAUCCUAGAAUGGACCUCCUCAAAGUUGAGAUUGAUAGAGAGUCAAACAAAAUACAUAUUCACAACAAUGGUAAGGGUAUUCCAGUAGAAAUCCACUCAAAGGAAAAGAUUUACAUUCCCGAACUUAUCUUUGGAUCUCUUUUAACAUCAUCUAAUUAUGACGAUGAUGACAAAAAACUCACGGGUGGUCGUAACGGUUUCGGUGCUAAGCUCACAAAUAUCUACUCAACUGAGUUCACAGUUGAAACUGCCGACAGUGAGGGCGGGAAGAAAUUCAAGCAAACGUUCCGUAACAACAUGGGAGACAGAGAAACCCCAAAGAUUACUAGCAAUAGUAGAGGAGAGGAGUAUACGAAGAUCACUUUCAAACCUGAUCUUGCCCGCUUUGGCAUGGACAAGAUAUCAGAUGAUAUGUAUGCACUAAUGACCAAGAGAGUCUACGAUAUGGCUGGUUGUCUCCCAGGUGUCAAGGUUUACCUCAAUGGCACACGCCUUCCAAUUCGUAAUUUUAAACAGUACGUUGAGAUGUACGUUACAUCAACGAUCGACAAUGAGGGUGAAAGCUCAACAAAAAAGCCAACUAUCAUUCAUGAGCGCGUAAAUGAUCGUUGGGAGGUUGCGUUUGCACUUAGUGAUGGCGUCUUUAGAGAAGUCUCUUUCGUUAACUCCAUCGCAACCACGAAGGGUGGUACUCACGUUGAUCACGUUACAAACCAAAUUACCACCAAACUCGGUGAAAUCAUUAAGAAAAAGAAUAAAGGUGCCAACGUUACUGCAGGUAAAAUGAAGAACCAAAUGUGGGUAUUCGUCAACUCUAUGAUUGAAAAUCCAGCUUUCGAUUCACAAACAAAAGAGACACUCACACUUAAAGCAACUCAGUUCGGUUCUAAAUGCCCAUUGUCUGAAGAUUUUCAUAAGAAGGUCUCCAAGUCUGGUAUUGUAGACAAUAUCCUCGAUUGGGCUAAAUUCGAUGCUGAUCGCCAGAUGGCUAAGGGUGACACUAAGACAAAAAAAUCGAAAGUAUCCAUCAAAGAUUACGAAGAGGCGAACAAGGCGGGGAGUAGAGAAGGUCACAAAUGCACUCUUAUUCUUACCGAAGGUUUAUCCGCCAAAACACUUGCCAUGUCUGGCUCCCAAGUUGUCGGUAGAGAUUACUACGGUGUUUUUCCAUUACGCGGUAAACUUUUAAACGUAAGAGAUGCCUCCCACACAAGUAUCAUGAACAAUGCGGAGAUAACCUCCAUUAAGACUAUCAUUGGAUUGGCUCACAAGAAGGAAUACAAAUCAAUUACUGAGUUACGUUAUGGUAGUAUUAUGAUCAUGACUGAUCAAGAUCAUGACGGUUCUCACAUUAAGGGUUUGCUUAUUAACUACUUUGAUCAUUUCUAUCCAUCACUUUUGAAAAUUCCAGGUUUCUUAGUCGAGUUCAUUACACCAAUUAUUAAGCUGUUCAAGCGUAACAAGGAGGUCAGCUUUUUCACUAUUCCCGAAUUCGAGCAUUGGAAGGCGGAAAAUGAUGAAGGUCGUGGUUGGAGAUUGAAGUACUACAAGGGUUUGGGUACUUCAUCUGAUGAAGAAGCUCGUCAGUACUUUAAAGCGCUUGACCGCCAUCGUAUACCGUUCUCUGCAACUCAAGAAGGCGAUCGUGAACUUAUCGAUAUGGCUUUCAACAAGAAGCGCACUGAGGAUCGUAAAGAAUGGCUUAGAGGGUACAAUCCUCGUACAUUCCUUGACCAGGACAUUGAGGAGUUAUCAUAUAAGGACUUCAUUAAUAAGGAACUUAUUCUUUUCUCAAUGGCAGACAACGCUCGUUCCAUCCCCUCUAUGGUUGAUGGUUUCAAACCUGGUCAAAGAAAGAUUCUUUACGGUACAAUCAAGAGAAACCUCAAGAAUGAAAUCAAAGUUGCCCAACUUGGUAUGUCUGUGGCUGAAAACACUGCUUACCAUCAUGGUGAAACAAUUCUUUUUCAAACUAUUGUUGGUAUGGCACAGAAUUUUGUUGGAUCCAAUAAUUUAAACAUUCUCUCUCCAAACGGUCAAUUCGGUUCUCGUAGAGAAGGUGGUAAAGAUGCUGCUGCUGCUCGUUACAUUUUCACUGCUAUUCCACGUAUUACUCGUACUAUCUUCCAUCCUGAUGAUGAUCCUAUCCUCACUUACCUCAAAGAAGAUGAUGAAUGGAUUGAACCGGAAUGGUAUGUUCCUAUUAUACCAAUGGUUUUGGUAAAUGGUGCUGACGGUAUUGGUACUGGAUGGUCUACCACUAUUCCGAACUACAACCCAUCAGACCUUGUCGCGAAUAUCCGUCGUAAGCUUAACAAUCAAGAUAUACAACCAAUGAUACCUUGGUACCGUGGUUUCACAGGAAACAUUGAACGCGUGAGCAAUGAUAGGUUCAAAAAUCAAGGUAUCAUUGAGCAAAUUGAUGAUGAUAAGGUUCGCAUUACUGAACUUCCUGUUCGUGUUUGGACGGUUCCAUAUAAGGAAGAAAAAUUGAAACUAUGGGUACAAGGAUCGGAUAAGCAGCAGCCUCUAAUCAAGGACUAUGAAGAGCAUGAUACCACUACUACUGUCGAGUUUAUUGUCACUCUUGAAAAGAAUCAAAUGAAGACUGCGCUCAGUAAAGGUCUUCACGAGUAUUUCAAACUUAAUAGCUCAAUUGCUACUUCUAAUAUUGUUUGCUUCAAUUCAGAUGGUAAAAUAAAGAAAUAUACUGCACCCGAAGAGAUCCUGGAAGAGUUUUUCUACAUUCGUUUGAAAUACUAUCAAUUGAGAAAGGAUUAUCAAAUGCACGAACUCGGUAUUGCCUUCGAUCGUAUUUCAAAUCAAGCUCGCUUUAUUAAAAUGAUUAUCGAUCGCGAACUUAUCAUCUCAAACCGCAAACGUAAAGAUAUCGUGGACGAAUUACGCGCAAAGAAGUUUACGCCAUAUCCAAAGCAAAAAGAGAAGAAGAGACCCGGUGAAGUUGAAAUCAUCGGUCAAGAUGAGGAGGAAGAAGAAAACGUUGGUGGUGCGGGCGACUAUGAUUACCUACUUAGUAUGCAAAUCUCUAGCUUAACCAUGGAGAGAAUGGAACAACUCCUUAAACAACGUGAUUCUAAGGAAGAAGAGCUUAACAAUCUUGCCAAGCUACAACCACAAGAUCUUUGGAACGUUGAUCUUGAUAAAUUUAUGGAAGAAUGGGAGGCACUUUUGGAGAAAGACAUUGAAGAUGCAAAGAAAGUUGAGAAAGGAUCGAAAAAUAAAGGUGCAACCGCCAAGCGGGUACAAAAAGCUAUGAAAAAAAAGCGCGGUGAUGAUGACGAUGAUGAUGAUGACUUCUCUGCAGCGCCAAAACGCAAAAAGGCUAGUCCUGUUAAGAAGAAGACGCAACCUAAGAAGGAGGAGAAAGAUAAUAUAGAUGAUAUUGAAGUCACUAGCAAGACUACUAAGAAAGCACCUGCGAAGAAACAUAAGAUUGAAAGCGAUGAGUGGGUUUGUAUGUAUUUUUGUAGAAGUACUCUGAUGAAAACGCCAGUGAUUCACCACCAGCGAAGCGUCAGGCUUCCACGAAGAUUGAGGAUUCUGAAAGCCCCGAAAAGAAGCCAGCUAAGAAAUCAACUAAAGCUCCAGCUAAGAAAGCCCCUGCAAAGAAGAAAUCUGUAA